GAUGGUCCAACAAUGCUCCUAUCAAUGGAAUGGAGAAUUAUAGAGGAUAUUAAACCACUGCUAACACCAUUUAAUUUAAUAACAACAGAACUUUCAGGAGAAAAAUACCCAACACUUGCCAUGGUUAUCCCUUUAGUGAGAGGUGUGAAUAUUGCUCUUAAUUCUAAAAUAAUGGAGACAGAAUUAGGAGUAGCAUUAAAAACUAAAUUGAUAAAAAAUAUGUCGGAUCGUUUUAAUCUGAUUGAAGAUAAUGAUUUUUCACCUUGUUUUGCAAUGUCAACAGUUCUUGACCCAAGGUUUAAGAAAGUAGUUUAUACAAAUAUAGAGUUGGCCAAUAAAGCUAUACUGAGUAUAAAUAAUGAAUUAGCUGUAUCUGUAUCAAUUGGUAAUGAUUAUUUGAGAACCCACUGGUUACUGCCUACAACCUAUUAUUUUCAUAUAUAUGCUAACCUUAAUAUUAUUUUCUAAGGUGAAAACAGGGAGCAUUCAGCACCCAUAGUUAAUGAACCCCAAGAAAAUCAAUGCAAAUUGCAAAAUAUUGUAAAAACUCUUUUCCUUUUCAAAUCAUAUCUAGUUAAAUAAAAACAAAAAUAGGUAUUUUUAUGAUUUAAAUAAUUAUAGUCUGGAACGACUGUAACACUUGUAAUCUUUUUAAAUUUGUUGACCUAAAGGGGGAUCUUCAAAUUUGUACACUUUAACCAUUGUUGAAUGUUGAUGUAUCAUAAGCUAGAGCAACUAACUAAAAAAAAAAUUAAAUAUGCAUUUAAAAACAUACACUUUUGCAUAAAAAAACAUGUACUUUAAACCCAAAAAUGUCAAAAUAUGUACUAAAAAUUUUGAGCCUUUAGUCACAAACAUUGUGAAAUGUGUUGUGUACUUACUCAACAUACG